AUGCCUGAUACAUCCGGACCAGCCAGCUCGGAUGACCACUUAUCGGGAACAUUCCGUCCUAUCGCAGUAUGUGGCAUGGCUCUAAGGCUGCCCGGGGGCAUCAGCAAUCCAGCUCAGUUCUGGGAUUUCUUGAUGGCCCAUGGCGACGCCCGCGCACGCGUUCCCCCAUCUCGAUACAAUAUCGACAGCCACUUUUCCAGGGUUGACAAGGAUGGCUUAAUCAGCACCGAGUAUGGAUACUACCUAGACCACAACCCCGGGGACCUCGAUACCUCGUUCUUCAGCUUUACGAAAGCGGAGCUCGAAUACAUCGACCCUCACCAGCGUCACCUCCUAGAAGUGGUAAAGGAGUGCUUUGACAGUGCCGGCGAAGCCCACUAUCGCGGCAAGAAUAUCGGCUGCUACGUCGGCUCCUUCAGCGACGACUGGACCGAGAUCCUCUAUCAUGAUCUCCAGAUGUACGGCAAGUAUCCGCUCGCCGUGGGCGGAGACUUCGCCGUCCCCAACCGCAUCUCCUUUGAAUAUGACCUACGCGGGCCAAGCAUGAGCGUGCGGACGGCCUGUUCCUCGGCGCUGGUGGCGCUCGACCAAGCGUGCGCGGCAAUGGCCCGCGGCGAGUGUGAUGCCGCUAUCGUCGGUGGCACCCAAUUUAUCCUGUCGCCUACUAUGACUGGGAUCAUGUCGGCCAGAGGGGUACUAUCUGCAGAUGGGGCCUGCAAGUCCUUUGAUGCCACUGCCAACGGCUAUGGGCGCGGGGAGGCCAUCAAUGCAGUGUACCUCAAGCCUUUGGCGGCGGCGGUGCGCGACCGCAAUGCAAUCCGCGCCGUGAUCAGGGGCACUGCAACCAACGCUGAUGGCAAAUCUGCCGGAUUCACCGUUCCCAGUGCCGAUGCCCAGCAAAGGCUGAUCCGGCAGGCGUAUCGAGUCGCGGGGAUUGACGACCUAACCCGGACACCCUACGUCGAGUGCCACGGGACAGGGACCUCCGUGGGAGAUCCCAUCGAAGCGCGAGCGGUUGCCGACACUAUGGGCGACGGCCAGAUCUUCAUCGGAUCGGUGAAGCCAAAUGUGGGACAUUCCGAGGGGGCAUCCGGUCUGACUUCCUUUAUCAAGGCGGUCCUGGCUCUGGAGAACCGCACCAUCCCACCGAACAUUCGUUUCACCGUCCCGAAUCCAAACAUCCCGUUCCGCGAGGGCGGGCUGACGGUGCCAACAGAGCCAAUCCCUUGGCCGCGAGAUCGAGCUCUCCGAGCGGGCGUCAAUAGCUUCGGGCUCGGCGGUGUCAAUGCCCACACUAUUCUCGAGUCGGCCGAAUAUCUUACUCCAGUGCAUCCGCCAUGCAAGCACGACGAUCGGGGGCCUUCAUUGCUAUGCUUUUCGGCAAACACCCCAGAGUCGCUGGCAGACCUCAUCCAGGAAAAUCACAAGUUUCUGGCGAACCAUCCCGAGUCCCUGUCUGAUCUUGCAUAUACACUGGCGGCGAGGCGGGUUCAUUUCCCUUUCCGAGCUGUAUCCAUGGUCUUGAACGACCGGUCGCUUCGCACUUCGGUCUUCUCGCGCACUCCAGCUCAGCCGCAGGACGUCGUCUUCGUGUUUACUGGGCAAGGGGCGCAAUGGCCCGGCAUGGGAUACCAGCUUUAUCAGACAAACCGCUCCUUUCGAGAAUCCUUACAACAGUCGGACCGAUUCAUCCAUGAGUUGCCAGAGGCUCCGCCAUGGUCGAUCGUGGAGGAGAUCCAAAAGCUACCGGAGGACAGCAGCCUGCACAAGGCUUCGUACUCCCAACCCAUCUGUACCGCCGUCCAGGUCGCGUUGGUAGAUGUCCUCGUUGAGCUAAAUGUUUCCCCGGUUGCAGUGUUAGGUCAUUCUUCCGGCGAGUUAGCCGCGGCUUAUGCUUCCGGCAGAAUGACUGCUCGCGAGGCGAUGAUUUGUGCUUUCUAUCGUGGUGUUGUAUCCGAGGAGGUGAAUGCGGAGGGAGUCAUGUGCGCGGUGGGAAUGGGGACAGCAGAAAUUUCACCGUUCUUGAGACCUGAGGUCGCCAUUGCCUGCGAAAAUUCGCCUGCGAGUGUGACUAUCUCCGGCGAUCUGAUUCCUCUGGAAGAGACCAUGAAAGAGAUACAAGCCUCCCACCCUGGGGUGUUAGUUAGACGCCUCAGAGUAGACACAGCCUACCACUCACCACAUAUGACCCAGGUGGGAGCAAGGUACAAGUCUCUCAUGGACUGUUACUUGAGCAAGGACACUCUUGAUGUGCCGCGGAGGUCAGUGGCCUUUUCUUCGGCGGUUAAAGGCCGGUUACUUCCAGCCUCAGAGACACUUGGAUCCGAUUACUGGCAGCAAAACUUGGAGUCGCCAGUUCGAUUUCUCGAAGGCUUCCAAGCCAUCACUAACAGUCUUACACAACCACUUCUCUUCCUUGAGGUUGGCCCACACUCAGCCCUAGCAGGUCCGAUUCGUCAGAUCCUCGACCAAACGUCUCUGAAUCACCAAUAUCUAUCAUGUCUGUCCCGGACCAAGCCCUGUGAUGAGACUUUCCUCACACUUAUCGGGGAGCUCUUUGCGCGGGGUCAACCUCUAGACUAUCAAGCACUUACCGAUCCGGACGGGACCGCCAGGGUUCUUUCAGAUGUUCCAAGCUAUCCCUGGCAUCACCCCACCGCCACCAUCUAUGCGCCCCGAAGCAUCAAAGACUGGAAAUGGUCAAAGUACCCCAGGCACGAACUGCUCGGUAUCCGGGUAACCUACAGUACAGACGAUCAGCCAACCUGGCGCAACGUCCUGUUCCAUGCCCAUGUUCCCUGGCUUCAGGACCACCGGGUGACGGGGAAUGCGGUUUUCCCUGCUGCCGGCUAUCUUGCCAUGGUAAUAGAGGCUGUGCGACAGGUUGAUCACACUGAAGCCAAGGGAUUCCGCAUUCAGAAUGUACGGCUCAGUAACGCCAUGGUGUUGGACCGAUACAAUACGACGGAGAUCAUAACCUCGCUGCGACAGCAAUCCUCUAUGAACCGCUACGACUUCACCAUAAGUUCACACAACGGUACGUCGUGGGUGGAACACUGCGCUGGGCAAGUGCAGCGCGGAGCUCGUUUCUCUCGAUUCCAAGAGCCCGACUCUCAUCCUGAUCCCCCGGCUCGCUCGGUGAAUCCAGCCCGAUGGUACCGGACUCUGAGCCGAGCCGGGGUCGAUUACGGGGCCAGCUUCCAGGGCGUGGAGUCGCUGCGCUGCUCGACUUCCCAGCAUCGAGCCUCUACCCGGGUGGUGUCAACACUGCCGGAGACCGUCUACUAUCCCAUUCACCCUACGAUGAUGGAUGCGUGUUUCCAGGCAGUUUACCCAGCCAGAUAUCAGGGGCUGGACUGGGAGAUCGACCGGCUCCCGGUUCCUACGGAAUUGGGAGAGGUAAACAUCGCAGAUUGCGCCACGGGCCUGGAGUGCACGGUAUGGGCCCAACCGCUGGGCAGAGGCGUGGUUAGCACAAGAGGCUGGGCUACUGCGCUCGAUGGCUCGAUGGCUUUGUCCUUCGACGAUACAUUUCUACGCCCUGUGGGCACUGAACAUCCAGAAAAGCGUGGCUCUGGAAAGGGAACAAGGCUUCAUUGGCGAAAGGAGUUUGCCUUCCUCUCUCUCUCUGAUCUUGUCUCGUCUCCGCCAGGGUUGAGGGAUAGUACGAUCCUCCUGGAUCAGCUUACGAAGGCAUGUAUUGCAGACAGCAUCGCCUGUCUCGAGCUCCAGCAGGUGACUACCGCAACCACGCCGCAUCUGCAGAAGUAUUAUGACUGGCUCCGACAGCAGCAACAAAGACUCGGCAUUAAGUCCAAGCCCGGGGUCUUGGCGGAGACAGCAAGCGAAGCGGCGGCGACGUCGGCGGCACCCUGUGCUGAAGCUAUGGUCAAGGUCGUCACCAACAUCGUCUCCAUGUGCAAGGGUCAGGUCGAUCCUCUGGAGCUGUUGAUGAGCGAUGACACCCUGCUGGAGAUGUACAAUUACCUGAACCAGGUCGACCGCGGUCCGCUGUUCAGGACUCUUGGCCACCAUCAUCCGGGGCAGCGCAUCCUUGAGAUUGGUGCCGGGACAGGCGGAACGACAGCCCAGAUCCUCCCGGAGACACUCUACUCCACCUACACGUUCACCGAUAUCUCAGCGGCCUUUUUCCCCGCCGCGCGGGGGCGCUUCAGCGAGUAUCCAAAUAUAAUCUUCAAGACCCUGGAUAUCACGUCGGAUCCCAUCAGCCAAGGGUUUCAGCCGGAAUCAUUUGACCUGAUCAUCGCCUCGAACGUUCUGCAUGCUACGCCCAGUCUCCACGAAACGCUUGCCAACGUCCGGCGCCUCCUCCACCCCGAUGGAAGGCUCCUAUUGGAAGAGCUCUGCGGUGAAACCAAGUAUGCCAAUAUCGUGACGGGCGUCUUGCCGGGGUGGUGGGCCGGGGAGAAGGAUGGCCGAGCUUACGAGCCGUACGUCGACCCCAUGAGAUGGGAACAGGAGCUGCGAGACGCUGGCUUUAACGGGCUGGAUGACCUCGCGUUCGAUACCACGCCCCCCUUGCAAAACAUGGCAUAUAUGCUAGCCAGCCCCCGCGUCACCGACCCCGUGGCUGUGACAAAUAGUUAUCGAGCAGCCGUGCUACUCGCCGACGCCGAUUCCACCGAGACGGCAAUCAUGCUGCAGAAGCAGUUCCGCGCCCGCGGAUACGAGGUCAAGAUCCAACCUAUGGGUGCACCUCUGCCGGCCUCGCAGGACGUCAUCGUCCUGGUCGACACGGUCGAGCCGUUCUUCCAUGGUAUCAACGAGUCGGAGCUCCUCGCCUACCAGGGGCUUCUGCGUCAACUGCAGCAGGCGCACUCCGGUGCUCUGUGGGUGACGCGAUGCAGCCAGAUGGAAUGCCGGGACCCCCGGUUCGCGACCACCAUCGGCGUGGCGCGCACCUCCCGCGCGGAGUUCGGCCUCGAUCUCGCCACCUGCGAGGUGGAUACCAUCUCCUUCGCGAGUGUCGGCCUGGUGGUCGACGUGUUCCGCCAGUUCCAGGCGCGGACGCAUGCGGGGCCGGGUCUGCGCGAGAUGGAAUAUGUCAUCCACCAGGGCUCGGUUUAUGUCGGGCGCUUGCUUCCUUUCUCCCUGGAUGAGGAGAUAAGGAGAUCUGGGCAAGUAGAUUCCGAUAUUCGCUGCUCGAGGCUGGUGCUUGAUCCGGAGACGUGGGAUUGGGUCGCUCAAUCACACCCGCCCGUGCUUGAACCCGACGAGGUUGAAAUUGACGUUGAUACGGCCGGCGUCAGGUCUCUAGGGUCUGCCCAUUCGCUCGGAGCUACCAAUGCUUCCAAUGCCGCGCCUGGAUGUGAUACUGCCGGAGUGGUACGACAGGUGGGCUCCCAGGUCCGGGACCUGUCUCCUGGUGAUCGCGUCGUCGCGUGUGAGCCUGGAGCGCUGGCCACGUCAGUCAUUGCUCCACGCAGCAGCUGUGCAAGGAUCCCCGACGAUCUGUCUCUGGACAAUGCCAGCACCCUUCCGUGGGCCUUCGCCACGGCGAUAUACUCCCUGAUCCAGGUGGGACAACUGAAUGAGACGCACACUGUUUUGAUCCAUUCCGCGUCCAGUGCUGCCGGGAUGGCUGCGAUUCAAAUCAGCCAGAUGCUCGGUGCUAAGACGUUCAUAACUAUCACCGAUGACGAGCAGGCGCAAUACCUGGCGAAGGAGUACGCCAUCUCACGGGAAAGGAUCUUCGACUUGCACAGCGGUUCAUUCGUGCAAGCGAUCAAAGAUGCUACCCACGGCCGAGGGGUGGAUUUGGUGCUCCACGCAUCUCCGUUGUCGAGUGAGUUGUGUGCAGCCGCAUGCGCAUGUCUCGCAACGUGUGGGAAGCUUGUCAUCCUCGCGAGCGAUGGCUGCAGCCAACUGCCUGCGACGCUCUGGGUGCCGAAUGCUUCAAUUGUCGCGGUCGAUGUGCUUCAUUACAUGAAAUUGCAACCGAAAGAGGGCGAAAGGUUACUAGAUCAGGUGGUUGACCUCUACACCCAAGGCAAGAUCCGCCCGCUCACACCAAGGGAAACAUUCCCGGCUCGAAAAGCGGAAGAAUGUUUCAAGCUCGUGCAAAGUCAGCCGCAGCACAACCCGCACCAGCUAGGGCUUUCGUUCUCCCGCGAAGUCGCGGCACCCACUCCGACCCUCCCCGCAAGAACCGCCAGCUUCCGCAGCGAUGCCUCGUAUCUGCUCGCCGGCGGCCUCGGGGGCCUGGGCAGUGAGCUGGCCCGCUGGAUGGUCCACCACGGCGCGCGACACCUUAUCUUCCUGUCUCGUAGCGCCGGCACGGUGGGACCGCACGAGGACCUCUUCCGAGAGCUCCGCAGCCAGGGCUGCUCAGUCACUGUCACACAGGGAAGCGUCUGCAACCCCGACGACAUCGAAGCUGCCAUUGCCAGCACCGCCGCCACCCCCGUGCGGGGGAUCUUCAACAUCGCGAUGGUGCUCCGCGACGCCUCGCUGCUGGGCAUGUCGCUGCCCGAGUGGGAGGCCGCCACCGCGCCCAAGGUGAGCGGCACGUGGAACCUGCAUGAGGCGGCACGCCGACACGCCCUCGACCUGGAUUUCUUUGUGCUGUUCGGCUCCAUGUGCGGCAUCGUCGGCAUGCCGGGCCAGGCCAACUACGCCGCGGCCAACACCUUCCUGGACGCGUUCGUGCAGUACCGGCACGCGCAGCGGCUCCCCGCGGCCGUUGUCGACAUCGGCGCCGUCGAGGGCAUCGGUCAUGUUGCCCUCAAUCCGGCCAUCCUGGAGCGCUCGCGCUGGCUCGACGGCGCCGUCAUGUCGCCCCGCGACCUCUUCCAGGCCAUCACCCUCGCCAUCUCGGACCGUGGGAGGCCGGCGCAUCCUCCACCUCCCAUUCCGAAUCCGCAGGAGUACGUCAACUCCGCACAACUCAUCACCGCCUUCCAUCGCACCCCACAUUUUCGGGACGCCAUCCGCAACCGUGCCUCCUUCGUGGACCGCAGACUAGCCGUCUACACCAACCCCACCGCCGGGGAAGACGACUACCACGACGCAGCAGACGGCACCCUGGCGAGCGAUGUCAGCGACAGCAGCGAUGCAGCCCUCCGCCGCUUCCUGUCGAGCUUGUCCCCGACCACCGACGCUAUCACGUGGGAGGCGGCGGAAACAACAACCUUCCUGGCCACGGAGAUUGCGCGGUGGAUCUUUGACCUGCUGCUCAAGCCGGUGCAGGACGCGGCGGAGAUCGAUCUGGCGCGGUCGCUGGUGGAUCUCGGGUUCGACAGCCUCGCGGCGGUGGAGCUGCGGGCCUGGUGGAAGGCGACGCUGGGGAUCGAGAUCAGCGUGCUGGAGAUCAUGGCGGCGGCGGAUUUAGCGGCGCUUGGGGCGCAUGCGGCGCAGGGGUUGAGGGCGAGGAUUGGUUCAGGGGCUGGGGGGGGUGGUGAUGAUGGUGACCACGGCGGUCAGGGAUGUUAG